AUGUCUUUACAAUCCCUAACAGCGCGUCCGCGUUCGUCCAGCCGCUCACAGCAUCAUGCUGUCAUUUGCGCAGACUGCAAUGAGUCCACAACGGUCCCAUUCCGUCCAUCCCCCAGCAGGCCGGUGUACUGCCGAUCCUGCUUCAAUGCCCGUCGGAACGGUCAAUCCGCCAAACCCAACACACUCGUUAGCGAGCCGAUUGGCGCAGACGACCGCUUUGACGAGCCCGCCCCUGACGGCGUUGAAGUGUUUUCCGGAAUGGCGUUGAGAGCCGCUACUAGACAAGCGCUUUCCCUGAUGAAUAUUUCACAGCCCACACCCAUUCAGACAAAAGCCAUCCCACAUCUAAUGGAGGGUCGAGAUCUGAUUGGACAGGCACGCACAGGUUCAGGAAAGACGCUGGCGUUUGCAGUGCCGCUCACGGAGCAGUGCGACCCGUCUAUCCGUCAGGUUCAGGCGCUCGUGCUCGUACCCACCCGCGAGCUUGCAAUUCAGGUGGCAGAAGUCACGAAAGCCUUAUGCUCAUCUCAACGGCUGCGCGUAUCCCUAUUGUAUGGUGGGCGUUCCGCAAAGCCGGAAUACGCAGAGUUAAGGAAUGGAGCGCAGAUCAUCAUUGGGACCCCCGGGCGCACGCUCGACCAUCUUCGGCAGGGAACUCUCGACCUGCGCUCAGUGCGAUUUCUUGUGCUGGACGAGGCCGACGAAAUGCUGGACAGAGGGUUUGCGCGAGACGUUGAGGCAAUCCUUAGCGGGACGCCCUCCGAGCGCCAAACCGCUCUCUUUUCCGCAACGGUGCCUGAGUGGGUGGCUACCACAGCCAGAAAGCACCUGCGUAACCCCGUAAGAGUGGAAAUAGACACAGAUCUGCGCACGCUGCCCACCGUGGAGCACAUGGUUUAUACAAUUCAGCAAAACGAAAAAGUCAAAGCGCUUCAGACGCUUCUGGACGAGCAGGACGGCGAUCCGGUUAUCGUCUUCGGCAGGACCAAGCACGGCGUUAAAAAGCUGGCACGACAACUCGACUCAUUGGGCUAUCCUGUGGGGGCGCUCCAGGGAAAUCUCAGUCAGAAUGCGCGCGAACGCGUGAUGACGGACUUUCGUUCCGGCGCCACACCCAUUCUUGUAGCAACUAAUGUGGCUGCAAGAGGACUGGACAUUGAUGGUGUUGCACAGGUCAUCAACUUUGACCUGCCUGACACAGAUUUGCUCUUCACGCAUCGAGUAGGCCGGACGGGCCGCAUGGGACGCUCCGGUGAGGCAGUGACCUUUAUCACGCCGGAUGAAGUACGCAAGUGGAAUGAGAUUGAGCGAGGGCUGGGCCGCAGGUUCACAGUCAGGCGCUGGAAUUCAUCCUCCGGGCGGGCGCUGGCCGACUAA